GAUUUACUCGCUGACUUUGCGCAUGCAUACUCAUUUUCGGCUUCACAUACAUCAAAGGUGCCGACAGAGAGUUGCACUAUUGGAUAUACUGUGGGUUUGACGUUUAUAAGUGCAUGACAAAAUUCGCUAUGUGUCUAUCCUUUAUCGGCUUAUCUCUGAUCAUUAUAUCUGGUCAGAUGUCUCUUAUCGCGUUAUCGCAACAACGCUUAGUGUACGAGAUCCUAAUCAGGAAAAACAAGUGACAUAAAAUCGAAGAAUCACAAUUUAGGAGCAUUACUGCAAAAGCCAAAACGUGUACUCGCGAAAAAACGUGUCUAAAUUCCUAAUGUCACUUCCGCCAGAGCAACGACUCAAGUUAGAGACAGUAUUGGCUGUUAACCAUCGACGAAUGGCGGAAGCACGUCAGCAGGCACUGUUGAGGGAACCACCGGAAAUAUCGUGGGAGAACACAUUGGGAGCACCAAACGGUGUACCCUUCGAUGACGACACCAAGGAACUGUUGAGAAAAUGCAUCGACGUUUCAACACCGACACCCACGACCCUUCCACAAAUCAUCAAACGAAGCGAAGCUUUCCCUAUCAAAUUUCCAGUUAACACCAUUAGAUGUUCCGCAUUGAGAGACAGAGGAAUUAGCACCGACAUACUCGAGAGGAACGCGAAUUCCGUGUAUCCCCUUAUACACGAAGCGAUGUUACCAUUAAUCGCUCGGUGGUUGAAGCACAAACGAACAUCCGGCAGUGCUAUAGAAAGAGCGAUGUAUCAGGAUAUGGGAUUGAUACAAUUCAUUCAUAGAUUGUUAGAAAAACGAGCCGUGCAUUUCUUUGGAUCUGAGGAUCGAUGGAAAUUGAUCGAUGGUAAAACAGGUGUCGAUGGAUGGGAGAACGUUGGUACGGACAAUGAGAAAGAACCGCUGGUGUUAACGAAAUGUUUGUCGUACGAUGAAAUUAAACUGUCCGCAAUGUUGGCGAUGUCUUCUCACACUGAAUUCAUAAACGACGGCUCGCGAGACAAUAGAGGCGUCGUGACUAACGAUCCAGACUCUGUACAGCCGAGAGGAGUGAUUAUAGGUGUCGUGGGAACAAGAUUUGAGCGACCUCGUGUGAUGGAGUACCAAGACAUACUUAUUACUCCUUUGCAAAACACAGUGGAUAAUGGAUAUGGGCCCACUGCAAACUCGAACUCGGAGGAGGCGCACGAUUUGAGGAUUACAUGGGCAAAUUUUUACAGCGAAAAGUAUCAACCAGUGUACGAAGAAACCGUAAAACGGGUUAAAUCGAAAGAUAAUAAAAGAUACCUUUCGUUGACCAGCCAGACUAUCUUUGAUAUCGAGAGUUACAUGAAAAGAAUAUUGGUAACUGUGGAAAUUAUACUGCUCGAAGCGAAUAGUCGAGCUGAAAAGCAGAACACGACUGCAUUUUUGCAUGUUGUAGGCUUUGGUCUCGGUGUGUGGAGAGUACUUCAGGAUCAAGAAAUAUACUUUCUAAAAACAUUCGAGAUCGCUAUAAAAAAGAUGAACAAGAAACUUAGAUACGUGUCCGACAUAAUGUUCGGAUAUUUCCAUCAGACGAAAUGCGGCGACGCAGGAAACGGCGACUAUCUCGGAGAUAUAAGGAUUCACUUCGCAAUCAGGGAACCUCACAGCAAAUUGUUCCGAGCAACCGAUGUUAACAAGCUUCUCGUAGUGACGUACGCUUGGGAUGGAAACGCGCUACCAGGAAACGAAUUCUGGAGCGGACAUUUAUCAUCGAGCGGCGAUCCUGCGGCAGCUUGCAGUACUCAGAUCGCAGAAUUGCACACUGCCAGAAUAAAUCCUCGAGCUUGCGGUGCUAGUUUGCACGUCGCGUCUGCUGAGCACGGUAUUGUGCACAUAUCUGAUUACGCGAAGCUACAUCUUGCUUAGGAGAAGGCCUGCCCAAUGGGCACCGGUCAGCGCAGGCCAUCUCGCUCUCCUCGCAGUCAAAGAAGUCGUAGCGCGGACGUAGAUUGUUUGAAGAAAUACACAGAAAGGCGGGUAGAGGAGAGAAGACACACUGAAGUAGCG